GGAGGUGUGUGCGUUCUCGUGGUGGAGUGGGGGUUUCCUUCGUCAUGAAGUCCAGGUGACGAGUUACGAGUAGACGGUUUCGGAAUCGUGGUUUGUGCGGCAGGUGUGAAGGCGUGCCUGCCCAGUCUGCAGCAUCUGGCGACGUCCGUCACCGCUGUGCCGCCACACGAUUGUUGUGCGCGCAGUGCAUUUGUUUUGUGAAUCGUGCUGCCGGCUUUUCGCGGACCGCGAGCACUGCAAGUCAGCGGCUCGCCCAUGCGACCGAGUGUGUUUGUGAAGCCUUUGUGAUCCGAGUCGUCGAGAACAACCGCUACGUAACCACCAUGAAACCCCUGGAUAUCGGCGAAGUACCCGAAGAGCUGAAGACCCGCCCCAAGGCGUUCGUUGCCUUCAUCGGUUUAGAACCGCAGGCCAACAACAUUCAUGCCGCGAUCUGGGACGCCUUUUCAAACAAUCGCGGACCAGACCGGUCGCCACUGAACUUCGUGAUCCUGCCGGACAAGCAUGUCUUUCCGAAACCCAAGCCCAAGCACCCGUCGUACGAGUGGUACGAGGAGCGAGGUCUGCUCAAGAGCAACUGGCUGCACAAGCAUCUGGCCAAAGUACCCGCAGUGGCCAUCCUGUUCUUCGACAUGGACUGGGAUGACCCCAGCUGGGCCGACAAGCGCAACGACUGCUCGGCCAAGAUACGCGCCCUCAGAGCUAGCCUACAAGGCAGGAACACCAAGGUGGCCUUGGUCCUGGUGCAGAACAACCUCUCCAUACCAGUCGGAGACAAUGUGCUGGCCACAGAGCGGGCACAUGCCCUGUGCAACGCCUGUGAGAUCCCACCCAAGGCUCUGUUCGUUCUGCCCUACUCGGACCACCUGUUUGGCUUUAUCCUGAGGCUUGAGACGGCCUUCCAGGAGAUCACCCAAGGCUACUACCUCAACGAGUGCAAGAGAGUCAAGGCUCACAAGGACUUUGCCAACAAAAACACCCACCAGCAACUCCUCAUUCGUCACCAGUUCAAGAUCGCAUUCCUGCACGAACUGAAACAGGACCCAGGUGUUGCUAUUCGCCAUUACAAGCAGGCCUAUGUUGACUUGCUGGAGCUGAAGACCACAGACACCAACAUCCUAGAAGUCAUAACUGUUGCAGGCAUCCUUAACUACAAGCUCUGCCAGCUGGCGUUCAUGCAGAACAUUCCACUGGAUGCCAUCCACCAGUUUCGACGUCACGUGGACAUCUUCAAGGACCGCAUCGGCAACCCCCGACUUGCCUUUGAACACAGUGCCUGGCUGUCCAAGCAGUUCAGCCAUUUUGGCGACCUGUUUGAAGAGGCGGUGAGCUUUGGCCUGACCGCGAUCCAGACGCAGCACCCGGGCUUCUACUACCAGCAGGCGGCCAACCAUGCCCUUGCACGCAAGGAGCAAGCAGCCCGGCUCUGCAAGGAUGUGGCCUCACCUCCAGAUGUCAACAUGCUUGAAGGAGAAGAGUCCCUCGAGUUUUACGGCCAGAGGCCAUGGCAAGCCAAAGUACAGGGAAGGAACGAAGCACUGGAUCCACAGAUGGAGGACCUUGGAAUCCAGGCACUCCAGUACAGGGAGAAGACGCAAGUGGACCACUCGGGCCUGGUGGUUCCCCUGUUGAGCAGCGCAGUGGCUCAGUUCAAGAAGUACCGCUGCCCCCGCAUGAAGAGGCACCUCAUGGUGCAGAUAGCGGAGGAGUACUACUCCAGCUCAGACUAUGACAAGGCUCUGAGCAUCCUGACGCAUGUGCUGUGGGAUUACCGAGCUGAGCGCUGGCGACCUCUGGUGUCCAACAUCUUGACCACUGCCCUCAAGUGUGCCUACCUCUCGGCGAGCGUGCCAGCCUUCCUCAUGCUUGGUCUCGAGUUCGCCUCCAGCUGGAUCCAGGGGACGCAAGAGGAGAAGAGCUCCAUACAAACCAGUGUUUUCAAUGUCAUCGAGGGUAACCAUCCCGUAGCAUUUCCUGGCAUGUCACAGUCCUGCAUGUCCAUUGCUGAUGCUGCCUGGAAGAAGGCACUGUCGUACCAGCCCCGGGAGCCACUGCAGAAUUUGGACAUGGACCAUAUCAUCCAAUCAGUGGAGUGCAAGGUUCAGUUUGGACACAGCGCAUUCUAUGCUGAUCAACGUGUCUGCCUCAAGGUCUUCAUCAGGUCCAACUGCCCCCUUCCAAUUAAGGCCACUGGACUGAAAGUGCACUUCAACAACCAGCACUACAACAACUUCUGCGUCGUCGAGGACGGUGACCCAGCCGCAGCCAUAGGCAGCCUGCACCUGGUGCCACGGAGGACGCAGUCCUUCUCUUUUGCAUUCCUGCCACGGUCAUGUGACAUCAACAGUGACAUCCAGGUGUGCUCGGUGCACCUGCGACUGGGCUCUCCUCCGUCUUCCGAGUCGUCCACCGGUCUGACCUUGGCUUGGAACUGGGCAUGGCCUCCGAGCAACUCUGGCAGUAGUGGUGCAAGGCCGGGCCUGGCAUGGGACCCGAUCCCUCGCAAGCCCUUCGGCCAUGGCGAGGAGGUGGCGUUUCACCAGCUGCCGCAGAUGGCCACCACCAGGAUUCACCCAAGGCGUCCUCAGGUGUCCCUGGUGCUGGACCACAAGCCACCGGUGCUCCUGCACGAGUUCUACCAGCUGGCCAUCACCAUUGUGAGCGAGGAGGUCGCACCACUCACCGACGUCUGCCUCAGUAUUGGACUCGUCGACGACCUCGACCCCAAGUAUUACAGCACCACCCACUUCACGUGCGAGCCAACGCCAGUGGUGCCCAAGCAACCAUCCAGCAAGAUUAGAGGAUUUCACAUCGAAGACAUUCCUGCUGGGGGUCGGAAAAAGCAGACUGUUCUGCUGAGGAACUCAGAAGUUGGAACACGGAGGGUUUUCGUCAAGGUGGAGUACAAGACGGAGGUUGAGGUGGACAGCCGUGUGCUGUGCUGCAGCUGCUGCCGCGAAAUCUUCCUCGACCUGGAGUGCAUAGAACCGUUCACCUUCUCGGCCAAGCUGCUGAACCUCAAAUUUGAGCCAGUGGAGGUGGUGCGAGCAGAGGAGCAGUUUGUGCUGCAAGUGGACAUGGAGUCGUGCUGCCCACUGCCCCUGGAACUCAUCUCGGGCACAGUCAGGCUGAGCCCGCACGUGAACACAGUGGACAAGGAGUUCCAGUCGCUCAUUGAAGGAGUGAAGCUGAACAAUGGUGAAGUGGCACGUGAUCUGUUGUGCCUAGUGGCUCCCAAUCCAGUGGAUGCACCCAGCUGCCUCGGGCAGUACACCCUGCAGUGGAAAAGGGAAAAUGCUCCCGCUACGGCAACUCACAUGAUCUCACUCCCAGCAGCACCAGUACAGGCAUGCCCACUCCUGUUGGAGCUGGUGGCACCUGCGCACGGUCGAGUGCGCACCCCCUUGACUGUCAGCUACCUGCUGCAUAACCGCACCCUGCUCGUACAGGACGUUGAGCUGGUCAUGGACUCCAGUGAUGCCUUCAUGUACUCUGGCAACAAACUGCUGCACUUCCGCAUCCUCCCACGGGAGUGCCAGACCCUGACGUACAACCUGUACCCCUUGUUGCCGGGAUACGUGCCCCUGCCCCGCAUGCACCUAGUGCUGGGGCCCGGCACCGCAGCUGCCUCCACCCUGGACAGCCUCCUCAACGAGAUGCUGCCCUCACACAUCUUCAUCAUGCCGCAGGCCAAGACCUUAACGCCCUUCGAAGCAAUGGGUAUGAGCUAGUGAAUGUCACAAGAUACCCUCUAGCUUAACAAUGGAAAAUUUGUACAUAACACCGAAAACAGUUUCUUACGGAAUUAAAUUGAUUUGAAAGUUGU